AUGCCGAGCUCUCGCCUCAGCGCUGGAUCUGUAGACUACUGGGUGGACGGCUCACGUCGAGAUGUUUCCUUGGAUGAGUUCUACACCAUGGGCCCAGAACUGGGGAGAGGGGCCACAUCAGUUGUGUAUCGCUGUGAAGAGAAGCAAACUGAGAAGCCUUUUGCAGCCAAGGUCCUGAAGAAGACUAUCGACAAGAAAAUUGUAAGAACAGAAAUCGGGGUUCUGCUGCGUCUUUCCCAUCCAAACAUUAUUCGCCUGAAAGAGAUCUUCGAGACGGAAACAGAAAUCUCUCUAAUCCUGGAGCUCGUCACUGGCGGGGAACUUUUUGACAGGAUUGUGGAGAGGGGCUACUACAGUGAGCGAGACGCUGCUCAUGUAAUCAAGCAAAUCCUCGAGGCAGUGGCGUACUUGCAUGAAAACGGGGUCGUUCACAGGGACCUCAAACCAGAAAAUCUGUUAUAUGCUGAUCUGUCAAUAGAUGCUCCUCUCAAGAUAGCCGACUUUGGUCUCUCCAAGAUAAUAGAUGAGCAAGUAACGAUGAAGACGGUGUGUGGCACUCCUGGUUACUGCGCUCCUGAAAUCCUCAGAGGCAACAGUUACGGCCCAGAGGUAGACAUGUGGUCCGUGGGAGUGAUCCUGUAUAUACUACUGUGUGGGUUUGAACCGUUUUUCGAUCCGAGAGGAGACCAGUACAUGUACAGCCGCAUCCUCAACUGUGACUAUGAGUUUGUCUCCCCCUGGUGGGAUGAAGUGUCCUUCAAUGCAAAGGAUUUGGUUAGUAAGCUUAUAGUUCUGGACCCUCAUAAGCGUCUGAGUGUGCAACAGGCGCUGGGGCAUCCAUGGGUGCUUGGCAAAGCAGCACGCUUCUCCCACAUGGACACCACGCAGAGGAAGCUGCAGGAGUUUAAUGCUCGCCGCAAACUGAAGGCUGCCAUGAAAGCUGUGGUGGCAACAAGCCGCAUGCAUGAGGGCUCAAGGCGCCGCACUGACAGCUGCGAGAUCCCCAGCUCUGACAAGAACUCACGACAAUGCAGCUUGGCAAAAGAAGCACCCAUGGACACCCAAAGUGAAUCCAUGCCUGUUGAAGAAGGCAUGGACAAGACCAAGGAGAAGGAGGCAUCACAUGAUGAAAGAUCCCCUAUCCACACCCCUCUGAGCCCCAAAUCGUCCACUCUGACCAUGGGAAUCAUGCCCACCAGGCCACCCCUAAAGGCAGAGGGGCUGAGAAAGACCUCGGUCAUGGCCAUGGCUCCAGUAGUCCGGCCCAGGGCACCAAAGAAAAGUUGCUCGGUAGAUCCUGGGGUUAAACAUGAGCCCUUGCCGGUCCUUGCUAGUCCACCCAGCCCUAAAAGCAUGAGCAAUGGCUUUGUCGAGACUGCAAGCAGUACAGCAGAGUGUCAAUGA